UUGCGUGUGGUCAGCUGAGUUCAAAUACGUAUUAAUGAAUAAAUUAAUAUGUACUUGCCCCUAGCAAACGUACACCUAUCACACGCCAUAUAGCAACGUCAGUCGUUCUGACAUAGGCCAUACAGUCAGGUUGCAUUAUCCCUCUGCAGUAGCUGGACAAGUUGGCAAAAAUUCACAAACUAGCUGGAAAAUUGGAUCGCCAUGAAGCAAAUGUAUCUCUUCCUGACCAUCAGUUUUGCUGUUCUGGCUUUGACAACAGGACAACGUUUACGAGCUAGAUGUCCAAAUGUCGAUACUAAACCAGAUUUUAACAUCAGCAGAUACGAGGGUGACUGGUUUGAAGAUAGGAGAUCGGUAACCAGGUUUCAGUUCGGGCUCACAUGUUCCAAGGCAAACUAUGUCGUACUGGGAAAUGGGGAUAUCCGAGUUACCAACACUGGAAUAACUAAAUGGUUUCAAUAUGCGAUCACUGUAACAGGGAUAGCCACAGUCCCCGAUUCUGGUAAACCAGGCCGACUAUCUAUCAGUUUCAAUGGAGGAGACCCUGGACCUUACUUAGUCUUAGACACGGAUUACGAUAAUUUCGCUCUUGUCUACACGUGUAAAUCCUAUGGACUCUUCGCCACAGAAACUUUGUGGGUUCUGAAACGCCGACGGAGCUUUGUAUUGCAAGGCGCACUGCGAAGUAGAAUCAUCGCAAAACUGGAUAUGUAUAACAUUUCAAUAAAUCGCCUCAUCACUACCGAUGCUUCAGACUGUAGAUAGUGACGUGUGCCAUUGGGGUUUGGUCUAAAAUGAUGAAAUGUCAGAGAGAGGAAUGUUCGGUUCUCGCAUGUUUCUAAAUCGGAAUUUGAAUCAGUUUGAAUGUUUACAUGUAUGCGAAAGUAAACAGUUGUAAAAUAAAGCCAAGUUGUCAUUUA